AUGUUCAUACCUGACACUUUGAGGAGUUGCAUGGUUGAACCAGACGUUUCGACGUACCUUCAAACACCUUCCUCGGGACAGGGGUGCGAAAAAAUGAUAGAAAGAGAGAAAAAGGGUAACGAUGCGGUCGUUUAUAUAGGAGAAAGAUGGUAG